AUGCUUGUAGUGCAUUAUUGUUGCAUAAUCGUUCUUGUUGCGGCCUGCAGCCACUUGACUGCAAAGAGUAGCACACUGUAUGAGUCAUCAGAUUCAGCUGAGUUCGGUGUGCUUGUAGGCCAUGAUCUCAGCAUUCCGUCAAUUGUGAAUAAUAUGUUAUACGUCAAGUGCGGUGGCAAUGAUUCCGUGCCUGGAGGCUCAAGGCAGCAGCCGGAAGCACGGACCAUGCCAUCGACUACUUCUGUACCACAGCGCGCUCUGGUUCCAAUAGGGCAUUUUCUGAGCUCUUCUUCAACCCUUGCCAUCAAGCACAACGCAGGGUGUGACGAGGCGGAAUGCUCGCAAAAAGGUGGGGUGCUCCCUCAAGAUGAUCGAGGUCAUUAUGCUGACGUCGAAAGACAGACCAAGAGACCAUCUUGGGCAUCCUCUGUACAACAAGUAACCCAGAGCGUGCGCAUGGGCCGUAAUAUGCACCUCAACAAUGCUCGUCAAGCCGUCCUGCAGACCGCGGAACUACUAGAAGAAAUAUUUUCAUACCUUCCGGUGAUCGACCUAUGGCGACUUCAACGCGUCUCUAAGCAGUUUCUGGAGUUGACCGUGACAUCUCCAAGAAUAAAUUCAGCCAUGCUUCUGACUCCAGACCCAGAAUUGCCACGAUCCUGCUGGAAAGCUCGCCUGAGCAGUAAGACCAGCACGUAUGAGACAGUUGUUUCAAACCAUGCGGAGCAGUCCACGUGGGUAUCCGGAUGGCCAGAGAAGAGGCGAACGCCUGCUCAGCUGGCACCAAUCCUGAAAUUGCGCGAAGACCAGAUGAUGCGACCAGAUGACGUAGCCUAUCGUACAAAUUCCGCCUGGCGUUUGCAGUACUGGGCGGAUGAACAAGUGAGAUUCAAAGUGAGGCCAGAUCUGGCUGCGAUUGCUCCCUGGGAGGAUUGUUUCGUGACGAAUCCGGCAUGUUUUAGCAUUGCUGCCAGUAUCCGGUUGACUGUGCGACAUCACGGGAAGGAGUACGCUCAGUUUCGAGUUACUGCCAACGUCAAGAAUGACGAUGGUAUCAAAGUUGGCGAGAUUCUCAGAUCGCCAAUGGAUUUGGCCGCCGGUAUGGAGUGGUGGGAUGAUGGGCGGUACUUUAGGAAACCGGAAGUGGUUCCAUCUCAGAUAAUCGCCAAGGUCGAGAAGAAGUUUCGCUGCAAGGCGGAACUGGAUAUUGAGCGAAGUUGGUUCAUCCUGAAUGGAAUGGUUGUGCCUUGCGAGGGGGAUCUCGAUAAGACCAGGCCGGGUCUCGUGAGGUAA